GGGUGCUGAGUAGAAGGAGGAGUGGGAGGAGGACGGGAAACGAGGGUAGAGAGGGAAACAGGAACAGAAAGUGAAGACAUGUCAAGAUGUCUGGGUGAGGGGGACCAGAGCCGAGCAGCAGCCAGACGCCAAAACACAGAAAAACCCUCCAGACGCCUGAGCAGCUGAGUGGAUAAGACAUGAGAGGAGACCUGACCUGCCACUUCACAAGUGCCUGCAGGACCCACUUCACCAGCUAAAGUGCCUCAGCUCGUGUUUUCUUCUCCAGCUGAGAAAAGAGAAGUUUUCAUCCGAGGCCUGAGGAAAAUGUUGCAGUCAGACACUUCUGAACGCACAGAGACGCGACCAAAGUGAAGCACCUCUUCACAACUGGAUUAAUCUAAACCAAGAGCAAGAGGACAAGAGUUGACUCUAGAGGACGAAGACCAACAAAACAAUACGUGGAAUGUCAAGUGGCAAUAAAAGAAGGCAAACAAACUUGGCUGCAGAUUUCAGGCUUUUACCCUGAGAUCAAAAUCAUCAGAUGUCAAAGAGGCCCUCGUAUAAACAAACAAGCUUUUGGUCUUUUGGAUUUUGUUUAAAAAAAAUAAAAAAAUACUCCAGCCCUCGUUGAAGGAGCCGCUGCAAAUUCAUCUUCCUCAAAUAUGGGCCUCAUCAGAUACUGCUGCGUCUAAGGGAAACUCUCUGAAGGCAGAUCUCCAUGAGAAGAUGAGAAGCACAUGAACGUUCAGAGUCGAGUCACCAGAGAUAUCUGACCCCGGCAGCUGUUGGACUGCUGAACAGUAAAAACGUCACAUCUCACCACUUUAAAGCUGGAGUCCCAUCACAUGAAAGGACUUUCAACACAAAUUAACACCAUAUCUUAAUUGUUGUUGGUAUCUCCAGAAGCCUUUUUUGUGCUUGUUUACUAUCUUGUAAACUUCGAAACUCUCGAGAAGAUCCAUUAAAAACUUUAAAACUGCCACAGACUUAAUUAAAAAGCUGUCACAGCUCUGUAUCCUGAAGCCAUGGAGGAGCCAAUUGACAGCGUUCAGGAUUUCUUCAACCAAAUGUGGAGGUUCACCACCGACAAACACAACCAGGGGGUUUACAACACCGUCUGCCUGGUGGUCCUGCUCACGCUCCCCCUGCUGGUCCUCCUCAUCACUCUGGUGGUGUGCUGCCACUGCUGCUGCUGUCGCCAUGCCAACGGCUGCUGUUGCUACCGAAGGGACGCCAUGGCAACUGCAAGGUCGGAGACGAAGAAGAAGAAGAAUUCGGCGAACACGGACGACUUGUGGAUUUCUGUUAAGACGGGGCAGAUGACACCUGACAGGAUUCCACUGGACAUGGUGUAGGGAUGCUUUUUUUUUUUUAAUUGCUGAUCCUGGGCCAGUCGGUGCAGCAGAGCCAAUCAAGUGUGGCAAAAGUCAUCGCACACUUGAAGGAGGCUGGGGAUGCUGUUUAAACUGAUGGGAGGCACUUCACAUUGGAAUGGGCACAGAUUUGGUAGAAAUAUGUAAACAGUGCAGAUUGUUUUUUAGUUUGUGGGGAUUUGAUUAUGUUGUUUACACCUUUUAGUUUGAGCUUGUUGGCGCCGUACAUACAAUAUACAGAAAGGCUUUUAUAUAUAUAUAUAUGUAAGCGUACAAAUGUGUGUCUUGGAUCGAGCGGCGGCAGUGUGUGUGUCUGUCUUUGUGUGUGUGUGUGUGUGUGUGUGUGUGUGUGUGUGUGUGUGUGUGUGUGUGUGUCUGUGCGUGUGUGUAGAGUGUUAUUGAAAGCACUUUGUUCUUUGAGCCCCCAUGUGAAAUUCAUUGCGUCUGUAUUUGAGAGAGAGACAAUCUAAGGUCUGCGGAGCAUUCAAAAGGCUGUAAUACUGCUUACCUUUCACAUUGAGGCUGCGCUGUAGAGCCGUGAUUCACUCGCACUUUCACAAUGAAACUGCACUGAUGUCCAAGCUGUCAAACUCAAAGGAUGCACAAAGAAAAUUAUACUUUGAUUUGUUUCCUACUUUUGCGUUAUUUGCAUGAUAUGAUACAAUUUGGUCCACGGGAGAAGCACUUCUCAAAUUUGUUUAUUUUUAUUUUGUUUUUGAGAAUGUUCCAGUAUUCAGGUCAGGUCUACCUUGAAGGCACAGUUCUUAUGAAAGGAUUUUAAAAAGAAAAGCGUAAACUACAUUUAGACUCUGUGGUCCGUCCCAAAGUGUCUGACAGAUCUUUCAGGUCACUGAUUAACACUCGGAAACAUCUGAGUCUAAAUCACAGACAGGAACGUUUUUUUGGCCUGUAUUUAUUCAAGGUUCUCUGCUGAAGUGAAAUCUAGUAAAAGCUACUAAUGAAGUAACAAUAAAAAUGAUUUCUCAAAUAAAAAAUACUCUUAAAUUCAAGAGAGCUCUAGAAGUCUGAUGAGGACCCAGCUUUAAAACAAGUUAUUGAUUGAUUUUAUAAAAAUCUUCAGUUAUAUCAGACAAUAUACAUAUAUAUAUAUAUGAUUAUAGUAAUAUAAUAGGAUGGAUAAAUAUUUGUAUUUCAUUUCAACUUUUAACAGGAAGCCUCACUUUAGAAAGAGAAAGCAGUAGCUAUUAAUUGUGUUUUCACUGACUUUUUAUUCAAGGAUCGGUGUGAUGUGGUAGCUUGUUUUAGUUCGUGUUAAAAGCCUGCAACAAAUUGCUUAUUUUUUAUUUCCUUGCUUGAACACGGCAUCAUUCCACUCUACCUCUGAUAUAGGAGCGAGUUGCUCAACAGAAGGGCCUGAGCUAAAGAAGUUUGAGUUUUGAAGUGUCUUUGAAUCAUUGUUAAGUAUCAUUCUUAUAAGUUAAUAAAUACAGGCCCAGGUAUGUUACCAUAAAUAAACCCUGUAAACACAACAGCAGUAUAAUUACAUUCAGCCGAGAAACAAUCUCAAUGCUAAUGUAUUUCAUCUGUAAGUCAAACUCUUCAAUUAUGGAUGUAAAAAUAA